AUGCUUCGCCUCUCCAUCGCCGUCCUCACCUCACCUCUCCUCCCCACGUCCGGCCCCGCCGUCCGACCCCAUCCACGUCGCCUACUCCGCCUCCGCGUCCGCUCCCUCGCCGCCGCCUCCUCGCUCUCGCCGUCUGCCCGCAGCCUCCGCCUCCUCGAAUGGGGCAAGGUGUGCGACGCCGUCGCCUCCUUCGCCGGCACUGCCCACGCCCGCGACGCCACAAAGCAACAACUGUGGGAGGUGGAAGAUGUGAGCUAUGAGCAGAGCCAGAGGCUUCUCCAGGAGACGGAGGCGGUCGUGUGGCUGCUUGACAACGCUGGUGGGGCGAUGGAUUUCUCGGGGUUGGAUACAGUUGUGAUAGAGUCAGCAAUACAUUGUGUCUCUGGGGGCGCCGUGAUAAAAGGCCUGGAAGCAAUGGCAGUCGCUAGCCUGAUGCUGUUUGUUGAAUCCUUGCAAGUAAAUAUUAAAGCUGCCAUAAAGCUGGAUGAAGGCUCCCGUAGUCGAUUAACGACACUUACAGAAACAAUUUUAGAUGCUGUCAUUAACAAAUCACUAGUGAAAUCCAUACAAGACAUCGUUGAUGAUGAUGGCUCUGUUAAAGAUACUGCAAGCCCUGAGCUAAGACGGUACCGAGAGCAAGUACAGCGGCUAGAGAGUAGGUUAUAUCAGCUUAUGGACAAGUUGAUGCGCAAUGCUGAUGAUGAAGCUUCCUUGUCGGAAGUAUGCAUUGUAAAUGGAAGAUGCUGCAUUAGAACAACCAUGGAUAAUUCUUCAUUUUUUGAUGGAUUAUUGCUCUCCAGCGGGUCAGAUGCUGGAAGCAUGAUAGAACCAAUUGCUGCUAUUCCGUUGAACGAUGAGUUGCAGGAAUCAAGAGCACUAGUGGCUAAAGCUGAACUGGAUGUCUUAUCAAAACUUACUGAUAAGAUUCUUCUUGAUCUUGAUAGCAUUCAGAAUUUGCUUCAGGAAGCAAUUAAACUCGAUAAGAUCGCAGCUCGUGCAAAAUACAGUGUAGCAUAUGAUGGAACAUUUCCUGACCUGUAUUUGCCAAACUCUGAGAAGGGAACAGUCACUAGUGCUACAGGUAGAUCUGUCGAACAAAUUUCCUCAGCUCAACUUCCUAAGAAGGCAUGGAAGCUGUACAUGCCAAAUGCAUACCAUCCACUACUUCUUCAGCAGCAUCAGGAAAAUAUCCAUCGUGCCAAAAGGGAUGUUGCAAGUGCCACAGCGGAGAUCCGGAGGAGGAGGAUAUAUGGGCAAGAUAUUGCAGAAGAUCAAUUGGCGUCGGACCUGGAUUCCAUGAAACUUAGGGUUUCCCAACUGGAGAAAGACCAACCAGUACCAGUAGAUUUUAUGAUUGCUGAAGAAACUACUGUCUUGGUCAUAACUGGCCCAAAUACAGGGGGUAAAACAAUCAGCUUGAAGACGGUUGGCCUGGCAUCAUUGAUGGCUAAGAUAGGUCUAUACAUUCUAGCUUCUGAACCAGUAAAAAUUCCAUGGUUCAAUGCUGUUUAUGCUGACAUUGGAGACGAGCAAUCUCUGACCCAAUCACUCUCUACAUUUUCUGGGCAUCUGAAGCAGAUUGGUGCCAUUCGUGCAGAGUCAACUUCAGAGUCCUUGGUCCUUUUGGAUGAGGUAGGUGCUGGGACAAACCCACUUGAAGGAGCCGCUCUGGGGAUGUCUCUUUUGGAGUCUUUUGCUGAAGCUGGCUCCUUUCUGACUCUAGCAACAACUCAUCAUGGAGAACUUAAAACACUAAAAUACAGCAAUAACUCAUUUGAGAAUGCAUGCAUGGAAUUUGAUGAAGAGAAUCUAAAGCCUACAUUCAAGAUACUGUGGGGAAUACCAGGUCGCUCGAAUGCAAUAAAUAUUGCUGAAAGGCUGGGUUUGCCUUUGGAUAUAGUAGAAAGCUCCAGGCGUUUACUUGGAACAGCUGGUGCAGAGAUAAAUGCUUUGAUAAUGGACAUGGAAAGAUUCAAACAAGAAUAUCAACAACACCUUCAGGAGGCACAAUAUCUUCUUAUGCAGUCCAAGGAGCUUCAUAACAACUUGGAACUAGCACAAAAGAACAUUGUAGACCACACUUCUGCUCAGAGAAAACGAAAGGCGAGAGUAAUUUCAGAGUAUGCUGUUAUGGCCCGUUCUAUCAUUCGUAAGAAGUUUCAGCAGUUCCAGGAAUCUGCCAUAGCUGAAAGACUGAAAGAAGAGAAGGCUGUGAAUGAUGCCAAAUCUGACAGAGUGAAGGAUCCUGUGCUGGCAAAUACUUCUGCCAUCGGAAAGACACAGAACAUAGAUACCACAUUGGGCAUGGCAACCAACGAUGAUGAAGGUGGGGUUCCGGAAGUUGGAGAUUCAGUCUAUGUUCCUAAGCUCAAGAACGAAGCUACUGUAGUCAAAAUAGAUUCGUCCAAAGAUGAAGUUCAAGUCCAAGCCGGUAUGAUGAAACUCAAACUAAAGCUGAAAGAUGUUAAGAUUCUGAAGCGGAAAGUAUCCAGAUAG